GCAGACGAAGUUGCGAGUAUGAUUGAAAAUUUCACAUGUAAUUUUGCUUAUAAAAUUAAUAAUUUAAUUUUAAAUGAACCAUCUCAAUCACAUGUUAUUGCAAGAAGGAAUCAAAACCAUUAUAAUAGCAAGAAACGUAUUCCAAAUCUUAAAAUUUGGGUCGUUCCCAAUAUGACAGAUGACAUUGAAAACAUGAAUACUAGAAGACUAUUCCAAGGUCGAAAGAUUUCUGCACGCAAGUUUCCGUUCAUAGCAAGCGUGCAUGUGAACAACGAGUUUGUCUGCGGUGGUUCCAUUAUCGCAAGAUGUGUCGUCAUCACUGCUGCGACAUGUUUAGAAAAUGAUCACGAUCUCUCCUCAAAGCCUCAACAUGUGUUCAUCAGAGUAGGCAGUGAUUUCGCAAAUCGAGGUGGUAAGAAGUAUCAAGUUGUAGCAGUGCAUAUACAUCCAGAAUACGAUCCAACGAACCUGGUAAAUAAUUUAGCAAUCCUCAAACUAGACUGUGAUAUGGAAAAUGACGAAAAACAAACGAAAAUGACAAAGAUAAGACGCGUAGAAUAUGACACAUUGCCUGAACAGAUUCCUAUAAAUGUUGAUGAAGUUACAGCACUUGGUUGGGGAGCUAAACAUAUAGAUGAUGAUAAUUUUAUAUCAGAGCGUCUGUCCUUCUCGCAUCUAAACAUGUAUCAUAUCAAAGAUUGUCAGAGUUUGUACACGGAAAAAUAUGUCACACUGAAAAAUUUUUGUGCCGGAUUUAUAUCAAAAGGCGGAGGAGCAUGCAAUAGAGACGUUGGCGGUCCUGGCAUUCUCGAUGGCCUGCUAAUGGGCGUCAUUAGCUUUGGUUCGCCUGUUUGUGGCAUUCCUGACGCACCCACUGUCUUCACAAAACUUGGAUAUUAUACAAAAUGGAUAGAAUCGAUUCUUGAAGAGGAUCAACUGUUAGAUGAUGAUGAAGAUGUAGAAAAAGCUAAUCAAAUAUUAGCCCUCAUUCAAACUUAUUAUAAAGAGGAUAGAAAAGAUUUAAAUAAGCGUGUUCCGACAGAAAGAACACAAAUAAAUGAUAACACUGAUGAGGACGACGAAGAUACAAAUAUUAUUAAUACUGUUGUACAAUUAACGUCUCAUAUAGAAGUUCCGAAUUUCAUAAAAGAUCUAUACCGUAGUCUUCCAACGAAAUUAAUAAAUCUCUUUGCCAAAAAUCUUGAUCAAGACUUAGGUAUAUCAAACGAUGAUAUACAAACAAAAGAAAGAGCAAAAACUAAUGUAGAGUCUAAAGAGAAUUUAGAUUUGAUAUUCUUACCCGAUACAACUGAUAUACCAAAAAAAUAUCAAAAGCUUUCGAAGAUGCGUAUUAAUCAGUCGCAAGGAAAUGUGAAAACAACGAAGAAACCAAAUAGCUUUGGUAAAAAAGAAUCGCAUCAAGACGUUUCGCGCAAUUAUGAAAGUGACUCAGAUAUAAAUUAUAAUAUAGAGAUUGGUAUGAGUAUCGCAAAUAAGUAG